GCAAUUUUGUAUUUUUCAGCUUCUCUAUCACAUGCUGCAACUCUCUGUAUGAAUAAAUCACACAAACCAAAAUAAUUUAGUUAGGUUGCAAUAAAAUAAAAUCUUGUGUCAGUUUCAAUCUAAACUACAAUUACAUCCACGACUGUUGCUCGACCCCUUCAACCCAGGCCAUCGUCAUAAAGGUGGAAUACGGAAAGUGUUAUUAACCACCUUUAUGUUGUCAGCUGCCAACUGUUUGUGAAAUUGUCGGAGAGAGAGAAAUAUCGAUAAGAGCUCAAAGCGAAGUUGAUUGGGGAGAGGGGAAAUCAAGACGAUGGGCCGUUUCGGGGAGAAGUUCACAUCGUUCUUCAACAAUCGAUGGCUGGUUUUUGUGGCUGCAAUGUGGGUGCAAUCGUGCGGGGGGAUCGGGUAUGUGUUUGGGAGCAUAUCGCCGGUGAUCAAGAGCUCUUUGAGCUAUAAUCAGAGGCAGGUUGCGAGUUUGGGGGUGGCCAAGGAUUUAGGUGACAGCGUUGGGUUUUUGCCUGGGAUUUUGUCGGAUUUUCUGCCUUUGUGGGGUGUUUUGCUGAUCGGGGCGAUUCAGAAUCUGAUUGGAUAUGGUUGGGUUUGGCUGGUUGUUACGGGGAGAACUCCUGUCUUGCCAUUGUGGGCUAUGUGCAUUCUUAUCUUUGUGGGAACAAAUGGUGAGACCUAUUUCAAUACAGCAGCACUCGUCUCUUGUGUGCAAAACUUCCCAAAGAGCCGGGGUCCAGUUGUGGGGAUACUCAAGGGGUUUGCCGGGCUGAGUGGAGCAAUCUUGACUCAGAUAUAUGCAUUGUUGCAUUCUCCUGACCAAGCUUCUCUGAUAUUUAUGGUUGCAGUUGGUCCAGGGAUUGUGGCCAUUUCGCUAAUGUUCAUCAUCAGGCCUGUAGGAGGCCACAGGCAAGUAAGAUCAUCUGACGGGUUCAGUUUCUCAAUCAUUUACGGUGUAUGCCUCAUUUUGGCCGCUUAUUUGAUGGGGGUCAUGCUCGUGCAAGAUCUAGUCUACGUGAGCGAGACUGUCGUUACAAUCUUUACUCUGAUUCUAUUUGUCCUUCUGUUGUUCCCUAUUGUCAUCCCUAUCUUCUUGAACUUUUUUCGGGACCCAAAAUCACCAGCAGAAGAGGCACUUCUCAGCCCAGAUAAGCAAGAGUCGAGCAAAUCCCAGGAUAGUUCUCAAGAUAUCUUAUUCAGUGAAAGUGAACUGGAAGAUGAAAAGCCAAAAGAAGCAGAUCUUCUUCCUGCUUCGGAGAGGCGAAAGAGAAUGGCUCGGCUCCAGUCGAGAAUAGCGCAGGCCGCUGCAGAAGGAGCAGUACGAAUCAAGAAACGAAGGCCACACCGGGGGGAAGAUUUCACUAUGAUGGAGGCAUUGAUAAAGGCUGAUCUUUGGCUUAUCUUUUUCUCUCUUAUGUUAGGUUCUGGUUCUGGAUUGACUGUGAUAGAUAACUUGGGCCAAAUGAGCGAGUCUCUAGGUUACGACAACACCCAUGUUUUUGUCUCUAUGAUCAGCAUCUUUAACUUUCUAGGCCGUAUUGGUGGUGGCUACUUCUCUGAGAGAGUUGUCAGCGACUAUGCAUAUCCAAGGCCUGUAGCCAUGGCCGUUGCUCAAGUCUUUCUGGCGGUUGGGCAUUUUCUCUUCGCUAUGGGAUGGCCAGGCUCGAUGUACGUUGGAACUCUCCUUGUUGGCCUUGGCUACGGAGCACACUGGGCCAUCGUACCUGCUGCAGCAUCCGAAUUGUUUGGUCUGAAGAAGUUUGCGGCUCUAUAUAAUUUCCUUACCAUGGCGAAUCCUGCAGGUUCUUUGAUAAUGUCAGGUGUUCUUGCAAGUUCCAUAUACGACAGAGAAGCGGAGAAACAAGCUCAUGGACAAAAUUACAUACAUCGUGGUUUAUCAUUCUCGUUUCCAAAUUUCUUGAGAGCCGAAGAAUCGCUGAAAUGCAAAGGUACCAUUUGCUUCUUCGUGACUUCCUUGACCCUGUCAGGGCUUUGUGUGGUUGCUGUCAUCUUGAGCUUGAUUCUUGUCCAUCGAACAAAGCCAGUAUACCGUAACCUCUAUGGACGGAGGUAAGGUGAGGAAUAUUACUGAGCUAAUCGGAAAGUUUUUUUUUUUUUUUUUUGCGAGUUAUGCCUGUCUACAGUUUGUUGCAAUGUUAUCAUAUUUUGGUGGUUUGUAAUUCUAUCAUUUCUUCAUCAAUCAAAGCUAGCAGCAAAAUUUGGUUGGUGGAAAAGCAUUGUGGUGUAUUCUUUGAUUACAGGCUCAAAUUAUUUGAGUGAGUAUAUCAUAUAUGUAUGAUGUUUGUGAUUGUAUUUGGUAAUAACCAUCCGAUUUAAUUCUUGGUGUUUA